UCUGUAAAAUACUUCCUUCUUCACCAUUGUCAGAUAAUGGAUACAAUCCCUCUAGGGUCGAUCUUAUUGUGGAUUUACAUACCAAUACAAGUUUUAGCCGUCCACGAGUUUACCAAGUGUUCCAAUGCAUCGGUUUCUGAGAACCUCCCAGUUGCAACGUUCUGUACCAACAGCGAAGCAGAAGGGGUGCGUAUAGUUUUAGAUGGAUACUUUGCUAAUACUAUUCCAGACAAGGUUUGUUCAUGUGUAGCACAGAGAGGUCAAGCGCAGAAGAUUGCAUUCUCGAAUGUCAAUUUCCUUCCAUCCCCUAUUCAGGGUGGAUACUGGUGUGGAAGUAAGAUUAUCGCCAAACAAGACAACGGACAGAGUAUCCAUAUGACGUGUAGGGUAUUAGGAUCAUUGGAACUACAUAAUGAUAAUGAUAUACAGAUUAGUCUACGAAAGGAAACAGAACCCGAAGAUACCAGCUAUUGUGCACUAGUAUACUUUGACACCGACGAACCCAUUAAAAUAUCCUGCUUUUCAAACUAUGUAACAACAACCUCAGGGUAUGAAUCAAGUAUAAUAUCAACGACAAACCCCUCAACAAUGACACCAAGUUAUUCAACAGAGACGACAACUGUUGAUACGUUUAAAGAGACCAGUAAAACGUUGACCUCACAGCAUGAAACUGUUUCUAAUAGUAUACUGAUGGAUACAAUAACACCACAUGUGUCAACAACGUAUAUGGAUCCACACACAGCUACUACAAUACUUUUUACAGACAACGCGACAGUUGGAAUGGAAAUCACCGAAACAACCAUAUCUGUUGACACCUCAACUAAAGAAACAACUACACUAACAGAUGUUCAAAGUGAUACCACAUCUUCCACACCUAAAGCAUGGCAGACCAAUUCGAGUAAAACUAUUUAUAUGAUAACAACAACGGAACCGGGAACAAGUAGAGAGAUAAGUAGUCAAAUGACUGAGAUGACACAAGUACAAUCAACACAAUUUACUGAUGGUUAUAAAUCAGGUAUGGACAUUUCAACAGGUCCCAGUAUUGGAUCUACUCAAGUGAACACUACAAAAAGUCUGACCACACAAUAUUCCUCCAACACAAACAUAACUGUCAUUACAACUGCAGAAUCUAAACUCAGUACAAUCGAAAAUGUAGACAUUACAGUAAGCACAACCGACCGUCCUACUGUCUCUAUUACAACCGAUACUGGUACAUCUAAAAGUUCAAUUGAUGCAGUUACUGAAUCCACUAAUACAAAAACACCAUACACGCACCUGUUCAGUGUGACUACUGAAUCAACUGAGGAAACGGACACAAGUAUGAUCUUUGAAACAACAACUACGGCAUCAACUUCUAUAAAAGAGGCACUCGAUACAACUUUAUCAACUUCACAGGAUUCUCCCAAUACAACCACUGAUAUGAUCACGGUAACGAAAACUCACAAAAGCACUGAUUCCAGGGUGGAGGUGACUGUAAGCACAGUAGAAGGUCUGAGAACUACGGAUUCCAGCAAAACUGAGAGCAGUUUUAAUACACCACUAAUAACGCACGAUUCUGCAAUGAGCACCAGGGGCACAACCAAAAUAAAUACCACAGUCCCUCCUGAGCCAACCACUACAUUAGUCAAUGAGCAAACAGUUGACGACAAGAACCUGUAUAUAGGUAUAGGAGUAGGUUGUGGAGCUCUUGUUAUCAUUAUCAUAAUUCUUAUUGGAGCAAACAUUCGGAAAAGACAUUUGACAAGUAAAGGCAUAGAACUAAAAUCAUACUUACAUGGUGAAGAUCAUGACUGUACCACAGUGAACGUUACCAAUACAUCCUCCGAUAAUCAAACGAAUGGAAUAAACUUUACAAACGGGCAAGCAGAUAUGUCGUCAAAACACAAAUCUGACUGCAUAGAAAGGGACGAAUACAAAACAUCUGUAGCUAAACAUACAGAAGACGUUCCUCCUAACAUUACACAUGUUGAUGGUUUGUAUGCUGUCGUUGACAAAUCAAAGAAGAAACAGUUAACAAACAGUGUCAUUGGUCGAGUGACGGAUCUUACUACUGAAGAGAAAACAAUAAAACCUUCACAAGAACCAGAAACAACAACUCUUGACGCAGCAACUAAUGGAUUACAAUAUGCUGAACUAGAAUUCAGUUAUCACCCUUCAACUACAGACAAACCGAAUGUAACAAAUACAGAUUCGGUUGAUUAUGCCGAUUAUGUUUGAAAAAUAAAAUUUGAGUCAAAAUAACAUUUGAAUUCGAUGAAUAGUUUUCUGAUGACCGAUCAUAACUAUAGACAUAUACCUUAUAUGUCAAAUAAAGAACAAUGGAACAAUUUGACAUAGCAUCACUUAGGUCACUUUGUAAUUACAAAAUAAGGAUCUGAUACAUUUGUUAAGACCAUACAUACGAGUAGUUACAGUGUCAAUCAUAACCUUGA